CCCACUGUAAACAUGCACAGCCGACAGCACACAAUGUACGUACACAUGCUGCGUUAGUUUAGGUGCCAUGAUGGUUUAGAAUACACUGUACUUUCACUGACCAUGGAUAGGAGCUGUGAGUUGGAGAUAUUCCUUAUUUUCUUGUGGAUACAAGUUGGCUUUGUGCCUGGAAUACAUUGCAAUAAUGGAAUUGCCAGUCACCUGUCAAAGGAAGAUUUGUUGCUGUUGAAGGAUGAGGAGAAUCCAAAGUGUUUCACUCAGAGAGCAGAGGAUUUCACCUGCUUCUUUGAGACUGCAGACGAUGGGAUUUAUGAUUUGUUCUACACAUUCGAAGACAACCCCUUAAAAAGCUGUAAUAUGUCGGUCCGGAGAACAGAAGAAGGAACCUUCCUCCACAUCUGCUCAUUUCCUUACUCAGAUGUCAUGUUAUAUGUGGAUAUAUAUCUUAAAGUGUUGGAACAUGCUACCAAAACCAGCCUCUACAAUCGAACCGUCAACAUAGAGGACCAUUUUCUUCUUGAUCCCCCCUUUAAUGUGACUUUACACCCAAACGGCCAAGUGGGACAGCUACAGGUUUCAUGGCGCACAAACAGCUUAAAAUACUGGGAUACAUAUGAAGUGUACAGGAUUCGAUACUCCUCCAGGCAUCUUGGACAGAAGACAAAAGAGGUGAAGAAGGGCGACAUACUGAACUUUCUGGUAGCAGGUGAAGAGGUUGAGGUCCAGAUCGCUGUCAAAUAUGCCAUGAAUUCAGAUAGAGGACACUGGAGCAGCUGGUCUCACCUGGUACGAACUGUGGUUCCCCAAAGUGCAGAUGACAUUUCACUAAUGUGUUACACCUCUGACCUGCAUAAAGUCACCUGUCAGUGGAAUGCGAGCAGAUACGGUGCAGAGAAUGAGUACCAACUUUUCUUCAAAACAGGUCUCAGUGAACCUUUAAACUGGUCGGAGUGGACUGAGUGUCAGGCUGAUGGGAACUUUGCUGACCUGUGUUCUUUCUCCGGAGUUGAGUCCAGAAAAGUCAGAGUCCAACUCAACAGCAGUUCAUCUCUGACCAGCAGAACCUUUUAUUCUGAGGAGUUCACUUUAAAGAACUCAGUGAAAACAUCCGCACCAGAUCCUCUGAGAGGAGCGCUGAACAAAGACAAGCUGUGUUUGGAGUGGGAUGCUCCUCUUCCAUCUCUGUCCACUCACCUGCAGUAUGAAGUCGACUACAGGAUUAACGGUGCUGGAGGAUGGAAGAUGAUAAAGGACUUCGAGACUCAUGCAUGUAUAGAGGUUCAAGCAGGUAGCCAGUACAGCGUUAAAGUCAGAGCUCAACCUACUGGGUCCUUUUACUCAGGCCACUGGAGUGACUGGUCAGAUGUGCUCACUGGUGACACCCCCACUGAUAUAGACCUGCUGCUCAUGUUGUGUAUUCCUACCUCCAUGCUGGUAACUGCAGUCAUCUUCAUCUCCUUGCUUUCCACAUACCUCAGUAAGCUCAAGCAGUAUUUUUGGCCGCCAGUUCCCAACCUUGAAAAAGUCCUGCAAGGCUAUCUGAUGGAGAUCAACAGGCAGAAAUGGGAUCCUCCAGUCACAGCCAAACAGUGGCCUGAAGAGACCACUUCAUCUGUGGUGGAGAUCAUGUCUGAAGAUGAGGUUUCAGGAUUGGGGAAGCCAACAGAAGAAUCCAGGGAGCUGCUGUCACCUGAGCAGGUGGACGGGAACCCCAGAGCUGAAGUCUUUCCGGACUAUGUGACCCUGAAUAAAGAAAGUGCCAUUCUUUGCCCUCAGAGAAACAGUUACAUUUAUGAUCAGGUUAAAGGAGACCCGGAGGUAGGAGAUGAGCUCCUCCAAACACACCGCUGUUCCUGCACUGAGGGUUCAGUCUGUGUCCCACUGUGCUCAUGCUCUGACUUUCUGAACGAGUCCUACCUGCCUCUGGCUGAGCCUGCAGACACAUUUAGCUGCAAGGUCAAAGCUGUUAGGGCUCCAGGAAACCUCUAUACUAACUUCCCCUCCAGCUAAAUGUACAGUGGUGCAGGUGUGCUUUGCUUCCAGUGGUGCAGAUUUAAUGAACGCGACGCACCUUCAUAUUAACCUACAGACUUACUGUCAAUUGAUGCAAAUUUCAACACAUUUAAAUCAGCUGUUAAAAAAAAAAAAAAAAAAGACAUCAGAAGGAAUAAAAUGAUUGACGUUUAACAAACCUUUUAGCUUAAGCAAAGGAGUGUUAUCAUGUAUUCACUGUAUAUUAGCUGUAUAGUCUCUCAUCCUUGGUGACUCCUGAAAAUCUUCAGCAAUCUUCAGACUGUAGGUUUGAGUGCUGUUCAAGAUAUUCAGGCGUACUGGAAUUCGAUAUUUAAUCUUUAAAACUGCAUAUUGGGCUUCCUUAACUACAUUGCUGACAAGUGAUCAACAGUCCUUUUUAUCUGCUUUCUGGAACAGUAAUUCGCAACGCACUUCGUCAGACUACAGCUCUGUGUUGUAUAGUGUUACCAAUAAAAAGUAAAUUUCUGAUUCUGUCCAACAUUCACCUACGUGAUCACAGAUGCAACUGCUUUGGAAGCAGAGUGUCUGUUCCUCAGCAGGCACAUUUCUAUAUUGUUCAGAAUUCUUUUGCCAGCAUGUUUUUGGGUUUUACAAAAUACUGAAUACAAUAUUGAAGAGAGCCACGCCAGUAUGCAAUGCAGAUGGUUUCUGUAUCCUGGAUAAUAAAUUAAAAAAGAAGGUAUUUGGGAUUAUUACUAUGACACGAGCGCUAGUUUGUACAUUCUCUUAAGUUGUAUAUAAAUGUAACUUUCUCAUGAAUUUUACAUCAAUUAAUUUAGUUUUAUUUUCAAAGUGAGCUGCAGGUUUUGCCAUUGUUAUUGUUGUAUACUCUUUUAUAUUGUACAUAUCUUUGAGGAACAUUAUAUAUUUUACAAGAAUCUGAGAUGAGAAUAUUGAAAUGGAUGUAGGGUGUAACCAAAAUGCUUACUCCUGAUGCUUUCCUCCUUCCAAAUAACAUCUGUAACCAGUGUUUUGUUUAUCAUGCAUGCCAUUAUAAUGUCAGAGUUUGUAUUUUUGACAAUAAAUAUCAAAAAGCUUC